AUGCGUAGUGAUAUGAAAGCAAGCAAGCAAGCUAUCCCCAACACCAGAAAGAAACUCCGCCGCCUCAAGCACCUCCGUUGCUUCCGCCUCCGCCGCCUUCGGCUCCGACUCCGCGCCGUCCUUCUCCUCUCGCUGCCCCUUUUCUACUUCCUUGUCUCCCACCCGACCCAUUCCUUCCUCCUAGACUUCCUCUCCGCCUUCGCCUUCUCCGCCGCGCUCCUCCUCUCCCUCAACCUCGCUGUCCCCCGGCUGCCAUCCAUCCGCCUCCUCCUCGCCCGCUCCCUCCCCAUCGGCCUCAAGGCCCCUUCCUCCCUCUGCAAGCCGGCGCCGACUCUCCCCGUCUUUUGGACCAUCGGUUCCCACCAAAAGGUUGCUGCCUCCCCCGACUCUGCCGCCGCCACCACAACGUCCGGGUGCUGGGUGCAGGUCUACGGCAAUGGCGACGUCUACGAGGGAGAGUUUCACAAGGGAAAGUGCUGUGGGAGUGGUGUUUAUUAUUACAGCAUGAGUGGCCGGUAUGAGGGGGAUUGGAUUGAUGGCAAGUAUGAUGGGCAUGGGGUGGAGACUUGGGCUAGGGGAAGCCGGUACCGGGGGCAGUACCGGCAAGGAUUGCGGCACGGUUUUGGUGUGUAUAGGUUCUACACUGGGGAUGUAUAUGCUGGAGAGUGGUCUAAUGGGCAGAGCCAUGGGUGUGGGGUUCAUACUUGUGAGGACGGAAGUAGGUAUGUUGGGGAAUUCAAGUGGGGCGUUAAGCAUGGCCUUGGUCACUACCAUUUCAGAAAUGGGGAUACAUAUGCUGGUGAGUACUUUGCUGACAAGAUGCACGGGUUUGGGGUAUACCGUUUUGCAAAUGGCCAUCGAUAUGAAGGAGCCUGGCAUGAAGGUCGAAGGCAAGGACUUGGAAUGUAUACAUUUAGAAAUGGUGAAACCCAGUCUGGUCACUGGCAAAAUGGAGUCCUUGACAUCCCCAGCACACAUAACACUGCUUAUCCAGUUUCUCCUGUGGCUGUCUAUCAUUCCAAAGUACUCAAUGUGGUGCAGGAAGCAAGACGAGCAGCAGAGAAAGCAUAUGAUGUGGCCAAGGUUGAUGAAAGGGUGAACAGAGCAGUAGCGGCUGCUAAUAGAGCGGCCAAUGCAGCUAGAGUAGCCGCAGUCAAGGCUGUACAAAUGCAAAUGAAUCAUGUUAACAAUGAAAGCUUCCGUAUUCCUGUUGUGUAAGACUAUCGAGUAUCGACCGCUGCUUUUAUGUUAGUAGAGAAGCUUGAGAUUGUAGCAGAGGGUGGUGGCUGGGCUACAUGGUUCAUACAGCGCAUCGCCCAUUUGGAUAAGCUCUUUGGCAUAACGCGCUCUUUCAUUUCAAAUUUUGAACUUUUGAUUGAUUUGCUUCAGGAAUCUUACCACCAGGUAGCUGGCUGAGAACAAGCAGAUUUGUCGUCUAUCAGCUACAGGUCAUGUAUAGAGGGAGAAGGGUGAUGGUGUCCAUACGGUAAAAGAACUAUUUUAUAAAUAUAUUUUUUAAUAUUGUCCUCUUAUACUACAUUUUUGUAAAUUUUAUGUAGAUGUAAAAAUGCUGGUGUUGUAGGUGAAACCUCAAACCAGCUACUGUUGUAUUGUGGCUUGGUUAUAUAACGAGAUAUCUUUUAUUUUUCCCCCAAAUUGAAGUAGUUUGUGAUGUGUAGAUC